AUGAGUGCCACCAAGGCGCAAUCUCAAAAGAUCUUUGAGAAGCUCAAAACAAAGCCCGCAAACAAAAUAUGCUUUGACUGCGGCUCGAAGAAUCCUACCUGGUCAUCUGUGCCAUUUGGAAUCUACCUAUGUCUCGACUGCUCAGCGAACCACCGUAACCUCGGUGUCCAUAUCUCCUUUGUUCGUUCCACAAAUCUCGACCAAUGGCAAUGGGAGCAGCUCCGGGUUAUGAAAGUUGGAGGAAAUGAGUCCGCUACGAAAUACUUCCAAUCGAACGGUGGCUCUGCCGCCCUGAACAGCAAGGACGUCAAGGUCAAAUACACAUCCAAUGCCGCUGUGAAAUACAAGGAGGAAUUGAAGAGACGGGCUGCUUUGGAUGCACAACAAUACCCCGACGAGGUCGAGAUUACAGAUGUCCCUGCCGGUACACCGUCAAACGGCUCUAGCACGCCCGCCGGUGAGGACGAUGACUUUUUCUCCUCCUGGGAUAAGCCGGCUAUCAAACGACCGAGCAACCCCCCGUCUCGCACUGGUACCCCGCCUGUGGUCAGCCGUACCUCGUCUCCGUUCCUGAAUGCCGGUGCCAAUGGAAACGGCGCGCGCUCAAAGUCCCCCCUGUCCGGUUCCGAUAAAGAAUCAUCCUCUCCGGCCCCUGCCCCGGCUGCGAUCAGAGCUAGCGCCGCUGUACGAAAGACCUCCGGUGCUACCACUGCCAAGAAGGGCAGCCUUCUCGGUGCCAAAAAGGCCCCUAAGCUCGGCGCGAAGAAGAUCGGUGGUGCGGAGCUAAUUGAUUUCGACGAGGCGGAGAGGAAGGCCAAGGAGGAGGCAGAGCGUAUUGAGAAACUGGGCUACGACCCCGAGGCUGAGGAGAAGGAAGCCAAGGGCAAGGCACCCAGCACCGGAGCCACGGCUAUCGCCUCGCCAACCCCGAUCAGCCCUAGCAGAGGAAGCUUUGGUGCUACACGGUCCUCCCAAGAACGGAAUUCCAGCGACGUUGAGCGCCUUGGAAUGGGUGUCGGACGACUUGGCUUUGGCCAGACCGUCGGCGCGAAGCCCACUGCUCCUGCACCAAAGAAGCUUGGAUUCGGCUCUGUUGGUGCUAAGCCUUCUGCUGAGGAUGAGGAAGAACUCCGACAAGCCAAGUCUCGAUUCGGUGGCCAGAAGGGUAUCUCGUCCGACGAGUUCUUCGGACGCGAGCGAUUCGACCCGGCUGCACAGUCAGAGGCAAAAGAGCGCCUCCGUCAAUUCGACGGUGCUACCUCCAUCUCUAGCAACUCUUACUUUGGCCGCCCUGAGGACGACUACCCUGCCGUUGAUGACACAUACGGCGAUCUUGAAACAGCCGCCAAGGACUUUGUGCGCCGAUUCGGUAUCACUGCUGGUGACGACCUCGAGAACUUGACUCAACUCAUGGGAGACGGCGCCACUAAACUUCAAGGUGCUAUACGCAGCUAUCUCAACAGCUAA